CAGUAGUUUAACUGUUAAUAAUAUUAAUACUUGACAACUAUAUAUGCAUGCUGAAGUAACUAAUUAUGCUAAUGUCAUAAGAAUUUCAGAAAGAGAGACACAAGUUUAAAUUCAAAGAAACAGAAACCUUAUAGUCUUAACUUUGAAUUGGAAAUAUCACUAUGAACCACAAUUAUUUUUGUUUCUAAAAAUAAGUACCUUCUAGUACCAAUGAUAAGGCCUAGAAGUCAUAACAAAUCAGAGGCAAUGAGUACCCCUUAGUGCUAGAUUUUCUUCUUUAUAUACUAUUUUCCACUGAAAAGUCUAAGGCUCCUUGGAGAAAAGGCUGAUUCCACGUCCGGGGUGUGAAAUGCACAAGAUAAGUUAGAGACACUCUGUGCCAGAAAGCAAGAAAGCCAUCAGAAGCUAGUGAAUGAUAUUAAGAGACUGGAAGGGACUCCCACAAGCCCAAGAUAAAAUAUUUUAAACAUUAUAAAGAAUAACGACAGCAAAUAAUUAAAAUAAAAAAGGAAAGUCCUUUAUUUCACUUAGUAAUUGUGAAAGGAAUGAUAGAAGCAGCACAUCACCAUUUUGCACUACCUUAUGAAUCAAUGGAUCUAAGGCAAUGAACAUUGACAACUUCUAAAACCAUUAGUUUUUAGGUGGUUUCAGGCCACUCUCUAAUAGAUGGAUCAGGCUGAUAACACUAAUUCCACUGAUUGACCUUAUCCCAAAAGAGAGACAACCAGACAUUAUGUGCCUUCUUGUGAGAUGCUAUAGGAAGCAUUCUUGAAAAAAUAAAAAUAAUAUUGAACCUGAACAUAAUCAAGUCUCCAGAUCUCACUAUCAGUUAGCUACCAGUUCACAGAAAAUAAAAUGGGUAGAGAAACCGGGAUGGGGAUUCUAGUUUGUCCUUCUAGCUAGAUGGGUAAGUUACUUCACUACUCUAAACGUCAGUUCCUUACUUUAAAAUUGAGGUUAGGUACCACGUGAUCUUGAAGGUCCAAUAAAGUUCAAAGGUUUUAUCAUACCGAGGAGGAGAUAACAGUGGGACACCAAACGGAGAUAGAAACAUGGAACUUAAUUCUACCCCUAUAAAUAUAUAGAAUACAUUUAACCUGAAUUUAAAAUACAUUUAUCAAAUUCCUUUUACAUGUAGGACCAUGAGGUGCUCCCUCAAGAAGCUUAUACUUUAGUGCAGAAGACACCCUGUAACUCCUGAUAUUUCCGUAGUUGCGUAUUUUAAAAUCCCAUUUACCAUAACUCAGAAAUAGGCACUGAAUUCUGGUCUUUUUAAAGAAGAGGCGGUAGACCGUGUGAGAUAUCAAGCUGAGGUCUCAAGAGAUUUUGGGUGUAAACGAAACCAACCACAUGUAAUAAAUGAAGCUGCUCCUUAUUUGUAAGAUCGGUGUUGGAGGAUGCGGAGGAAGCUUAUGUUAGUGCAGAGGCGCUUCCGGCAGAGAUGGUCACAGCCUUAGGUUCUCAAAACGCAGCUGGCGAAUGAAGAUCUGGUACAGAAGAUGGUCUGGCUUUCAUCAGAUAACACGGUUUCUUCUAAAGUACCCGCCCCACGCAUGGCUUUUCUUCCUGUAACUGGUGAGAUCACUGGACACAAGGACAGGCACAGGUCAGCCCACCACGGUGCGUAGUUCAGAAGGUAGGAAAGAACGCGGACACACGCUUAGCCUGCCUGCGACAGGUUCUGAAGCGGCCAGAUCCACCUCUGCGCAGAGCGGGGGUCAGAACUCCUCAGAGCUGCAGCUGCGUAGUGGCUGGAGCUAGCCACCAACUGAGGAGCAAGGUUGAAGGCCAUUUCGCAGCCGGAAAAACAAGAGCUGCGCCGACAGCAAGAGGAAUCACCCCAAACAGUAACCUGCCCCGCCUCUAGAGAAGGGGACGGAUUCGUAAUGCCCGGCAAUCGCGCAGCCGCAUUUCCGGUGACGUCACGAGGAAAGGGCGCCGAAUUGUAUGUCAUUUCCGCUUUUCAUGGCUGGGCAAGUUGUGAACGAGUAGUUAAAGGCGUUAUUGCUGCUUUUCCGGCGCUUUUUGUAAAAACCAAAAAACUAGUUGCUUGAGUUUCUGGUCUUUUAGACUCUGUGCCAGUACGGUGGCCGAGAAGGUUCGAGUGCGGCGGAAGUGCCCCGCGGGUGGGUGUGAGCGCGCAACCCCGGCGGGAGGUGCACGUGGCUCCGGUAGGAGACAGAAUGUCUUUUCGAGGCGGAGGACGUGGAAGCUUUAAUCGAGGCGGUGGAGGUGGUGGCUUCAACCGUGGCGGCGGCAGCAACAACCACUUCCGAGGGGGAGGCGGAGGCAAUUUCAGAGGCGGCGGCAGAGGAGGAUUUGGACGAGGGGGUGGCCGCGGAGGCUUUAACAAAGGCCAAGACCAAGGACCUCCAGAACGUGUCGUUUUAUUAGGAGAGUUCCUGCAUCCCUGUGAAGACGACAUAGUUUGUAAGUGUACCACAGAUGAAAAUAAGGUCCCCUAUUUCAAUGCUCCUGUUUAUUUAGAAAACAAAGAACAAAUUGGAAAAGUAGAUGAGAUAUUUGGACAACUUAGAGAUUUUUAUUUUUCAGUUAAAUUGUCAGAAAACAUGAAAGCAUCAUCCUUUAAAAAACUACAGAAGUUUUAUAUAGAUCCAUAUAAGCUACUGCCACUACAGAGGUUUUUACCUCGACCUCCAGGUGAGAAAGGGCCUCCAAGAGGUGGUGGCAGGGGAGGUCGAGGAGGAGGAAGAGGAGGCGGCAGCAGAGGUGGUGGUAGAGGUGGUGGUUUUAGAGGUGGAAGAGGAGGUGGGGGUUUCAGAGGAGGAAGAGGAGGUGGUUUCAGAGGGAGAGGACAUUGAGUGUAACAGUUGAUCGACUUCACCAGUUGACUUCUGCAUUAACCUUCAUGGCCUACUUCUACUCUGGAUUGGAAACUUCUUUCUUGAGCAAGUCUCGAAGAUCUUGGUCAUUUUAUGACAUUGGAUCUCAUAUGUUAGCAUCAUGCAGAGCACAACAGAACGGUCAAUUUUGCUCUAAAAGAGCAUGAACAAGUCUUUCUAAUGUUUUGUACAGUGCCUGGCACUCUGUGGAUGCUUAAUGGACAGGAAUUUUCGUUUGAAGCAUAUUAGAAUUUUUAAAAUAAAAUGUUUUAUUCCUUUAAGUUA